UCCCUCUCCCUGCUGGCCAUACUUCUUUUGUUGUAGCCCAGGAUACAGUUGGCUUUCUGGGCUGCAAGGGCACAUUGGUGGCUCAUGUCCUGCUUCCUAUCCACCAGUACCUGCAAGUCCUUUUUGCCAGGGCUGUGCUCCAUCCUUACAUCCUCCAGCUUGUACUGGGAGGUUGGGGAUUGAUGACCCAGGUGCAAAACCUUUCAAUUCAAUUUGUUGAACCUUGUGAGGUUCACUUGGGACAACAUCUUGAGCCUGUCUGGGUCUCUCUGAACAGCAUCCCAUUCUGACAGUGUGUUGACUGCACCACACAGCUUGUUGUCAUCCACAAACUUGAUCCCACUGCUGAUUUAAUUGAUGAAGAUGUUAAAGAACAUCAGUCCCAGUACUCACUGAUCUCUGUCUAGACACAGAGCCACUGACCACCACACUCUGUGUAUGAGGCCUUCAAGUUCUUCCAGACCAUUAGCACUGCAGGGAAAGAUCAUAAUUUGAUAUCAUUUCACGAUUUCAGAAACUAAUUCAAGUUCUGAAAGCAAUCCACUGGUGUUUGGAUAUGAUCUGUGUUACCUUGUUACCUAUAAGAACCUUUGUAUGCCAAGCAGAAAUCCUCAUCUCUAGUUGUUACAUCAGAACAGGUGAAGAAAGUUUGCUCAACAAGUUGACUUUGCUUUGCUUGGUAAAGGAAGAGUUUCUUAGGGAAAGAGUUAUUGAAUCAGUCAGUGCUUCCCAUGUACCUUGUGCUCAAUCUCUUCUGGUUUUGGCAGUUUCUCUUUUUUUUUUUUCUAGAGUGCUGAUAUUAAACUCUGGGAAAACAAAAAAAGUGUGUAAUCACUUGGCACUACUUAAAAUGCAUACUUCUCUUUUUAAACUGUUACAGGAUGGAGUCUGCUGUAGCUGUUCAGUCUGUGUAAUUAAUAGCUUUUUGCCUAUUUUGGCUCAAUCAGUUGAUGUGUAUAUACACAUCUGUGCAUCACUUAAAAUAGAUAGCUGUUUUAAAAGGGUAAGUUUGAUCAUUUUCUCUUACAAGAGGGAGUUUGCCAAUUUUAUAACAUACCUUGGAACUUAUUCUGCAUAAUUUGGAAAAAUGUUACAUGCAGUAAAGACAACUCUACAGGCACACACAGAAUGCAGACAAACUUGGACCUCCUGGUGCCAAGACUUGCUUGUUUUAGUUGGGGUACUUAAGCAGUUUCUCAGCUGGAGGUUCAAGAAAGUUGGAAAGGGGUCUGAUAUACAAGAUAUGUGAGUUAUGCAUUCCUUUAGGGUCAAGAAUUCCUGGUCUCUCUUCCUAGCUCUGUGUCCAAGAGAGGAGUGAGAAGGAGGGGCAUGGGUAGGCUGCAGAAGGGCAAGAACAAGGGAACCCAAGUUUUGUUCCCCUCUUUGGAGGAGGGUAUACCUGCUUUUUAGGAACUAGGCACAGAGUGUUGUGUGACAGUUCUUGGUACCAAGUAGCCAAGUUUCAUACUAUGUCCUGCUUUAAACACCAAAAUUAAUGCAAGACUGUGAAUAGGAACAUUCUUUAGAGGAGUGACACAGUCAGCUUUUAAUUUUGGAAAUUGCUCCGUUGUCUUUCUGAUGGCCUUGUUACAGGGGGAGGAGUAAAAAGCUGACAGGUGCCAUUAGACACGGGCACACUGGAACGUGCUCCAGCACUGCAUAUGGUGGUGUGUGCUGGUUCCCAAGCUGAUCCCAUGCAUCUCAUGUUUCAUCAGUCACAUGUUUUGAAGAUGGCAGCCUUCAAAAAAAAAAAAACUUAUGAGAGGGUCAGAUGUGGUUGUUUUUUUUUAGUGACUUUUCUUGAGCUAGGAGAGUUACUUGUGAAAGAAGUAGAUGUUGCAGAUGUCUGUUAUUCGUCAUUUUUUCUGGCAUUCUUUUUCUUCAGUCUCCCUCCUGCUGGCUUUGGCAGGGUAAAACCUCAAGGUUUGGCACUAGCAGCAGGAUGUUGAUGAUGUGGCAGUCACCCAUCAAAGAUAUGUCAGGUUUGCAGUGCAGCAACUCUAUCUGCCUCUGGAGGGAAGAGGAGGAAUUGUGCCCAUAUCCUAGGGAAUGAAUUGAGUUGAAAAAUCUGUGGGAUUAUUUUACUCUUCCCCCACCAGUGUGUUAUUAUUUCAUUGCUCUCCAUUUUCUGAAGAAUUUCGGAGGGGGCAGGUAGGGGGAGGAAAGAUCUAUGUUAAACUGCUCUCUUCUUUGAUUCAUAUUUUGUUCAUGAUGUAUUUUUAUCAGCAGCACUUUGUGAUCCAGCUGUCACUUCUAAAUGUCACUUACUUGAAUAAAAAGUGUAAUUACAUUUUUAAGUGUGACAUAAGUGCCAAAAGUAGUAUCUGAAUCACAAAGUGCUGUUUGUACAGCAGCUUUCCCAUGACAGGAGGGAAAUUUUAUGAAGUCCAGAGUAUGCUGUAAUAAAAGUGUAGUGAAGAUACUCAAAUUCACGUCUGUAGGGUUUCCCAUCUCUUAUUAGGCUUUUUGUUAGGGAAAUUUCUACUUAUAAAUCCCCAAAUUAAAUAAAAAUGCAUGAACAAUAUUUAAUUAUUGCAUGUUCUCUGACAUGAAUUCAUGCUUUUUUUUAAUUGAAUUAGGUAAGCCAAUGCUUGCCAGCAUUCCUUGGAGAAUAGUUGCUCAUGUUCCUGCUGACUCUGAGCAUUGAAAUGGAUUUUGUUGGACUCCAGUAGGUUCUCUUUGCAGGAUUAGUGCCAUCAAAAGCUUUUACAAGAGGUUGUUUGAUUUAACAGAAGAGCUCAUGCUAAUGCAAUUCUCUCAGCUUUCUGCCUGUAAAAGAGGUUAAGAAAGAAAUGUUGAGUACUGUCCGGCUGUUCAUGUACAUCUCUGGUACCCAAUAAAAAAGUAUGUCAGUUGAAAAGAGAGACCAGCUCUCAGUUUUUGUAGUACCAGUUUGUUCAAAAAAGGAGCUGUACAGUCAUUUAAGUAGUGGAAUUAAGGGUUGCUGUGUCUUCCUUUAGGUACCAUAUGUUUAAACUGCUGUUAACAAAUUUUGUUUGAAAUAUCAUAGUAUGGCUUGGAUUGGAAGUGACCUCAAGGAUCAUCAAGUUCCAACCCCAUUGCCACAGGCAGGUUUGCCAGCCAAACCAGUCAUCAUUGCUUUUUGUACAUCAGUGGGACAGUGCGAGUCAUAACACCCAUUGAUGGAGUGGACUGAGUGACAUUUGUAAGCCUUUAAGUUCUGUUCUAGUUAGCAAGAGGUUCAUGUGUUUACAGUUGAAAGAGGUUUUUCAGUGCUGAUGUUUUCAUUCUAAAGAAAAUAAAGAAUAAAUUGCUGUGCAUUGAUUCUACUAGGUAUGCUGUCUUCUGCUAAUGCUCAAUUUUUGUUCUAUUGGUCACAAUUUAGUUGCCUAUUGUGAAGGUUUCUAUUGAUUUUCAUCUGCAGUGUGUGCUGUAGGUGGGAUUGUCCCAGUGUUUCCAUGAUCCGUGACAUUUUUGAACUGUACAGGUGAUGUUUUGCUGUCUGAUACUUGGGACCAGUAAUAAACUCUUCCUUCAGCUUCAGAUUUUGGUCUCUUUGUUGUGUCUUCUCCUACUCAGCAUGUGCUGGAGUAACCCUGGGUCAUGCCACUUGUUAAUGCAGCAUAUGAGCAGAAGAUAACUGGUCUGUCUGGCAUGAAAGGCCUUCACAGCAGUACCAAUUUUGUGUAAUAGGAACUAGUACCCUCAAACUUCUAUUACUUCUUUAAAGUUUAUUAACUCCCUUGCAUUUACAGCUGUUAACCUGCCUCUCGUUUGUGGGAGAGACCAGUUACGGGUCUUGCUUCCAGACAGCUUACGUAGGACAUCCUGUAAUAAAACUUCUUCAAACAACAGAGUAUCAGGAAAGACUAAAUAUCAGCAGUGCUCUGUAUAUAUCCAACAGUGCUCAUAAAAAUGCAUGCAUAGCUGUUUAUCUCGUUACCAGGGUUUGAAUCCAUGUGCAACUCUGCCUGGAUAGCUGUUGACAGGGCAUGGAAAACUGUUAGAGCCAGGAGGGGCAAAAGUUCAACUGGCAUAGAACUAUGCUGAAUGAAUUACUCCCUUCAUGGACUCUCUGGAGAGGGAUCUUUUCAUCCUUCUCUGGAGAUGCCUUUAAAAAAAAUAACUUAUUAUUUUAAACAUUUUGUAAUAAGUCAGUUAAGAAGUUAGUAGAGCAGCUGUUGGUUGUAAACUCCGGGAAUUUUGUAUUCUCAAAUUUCAGUCAGAGGAUACAUUUUUCACUUAGGGAGCAAACACCGCAGUCAUCAGCUCUUCAGUCUCUUUACCUCUCUCAAUUCUAGGUUUUCUGAUUGGCAGAAGACUACCAAACCCUUCUAUAACUCUCCCAGUUAUACUGGGAGAAUAACGGAAGCUUGUCCUGGCUUAUGUCUGAAGAACAGUGAGAGCACAGUCCCUUUGUUGAUCAUCUCCUGAGCUUUCUACCAAAUCUCUGAGGAGCAGAUUUCUCCUGAGUUUCAGAUUGACCCUAAACUUGUCCAAAUUGAGCCAGGAACAUUCCUUUAUUUCCUGCAGCAUUCACAUGGUGCAUAGUCAGCUAUGAUCUGUUGCCUUCUAUGGUGUAUUUGCAUGCUACAACUCCCAGCAACUUCUGGUCUUUAAAACCUUGAUUUAAUGGCAAAGUAAUGACUGUAUGGGUCUCUGGACCAGCAUAUCCUGAAGCAAUUCUUGUUGUUGUCAUUGAACAGUUGCUUUGAUAUUAGUUUUCUUGUGAAGACCUCCACUCUGUUCUGACUAUAUGUAGCCUUCAUUGUGCGGACAAAAGCUUGGAAACAGGAAUGACACACACAAAAGCUCAGAGACUUGAAAAAUCAAGAAGUCAUGAGGUGCAGUCCUGGACGAGAGUUACCAAGCAGUCCUUGUGUCUCGUGUGGCAAAAAGUGAAACUACAGCUAAUGCUAAGCAUGUCUUUCUUCGUUGCUGUCUUCUGGUAUUGCAGAAGGCUAUACAGCUUUUUAGCACAGCUAUUGAAACGGUGGAGCAGCUACCUUCAAAGAAAACUCAUAAAGAAUCACAGCGUGUUGGAAGAAGUUGAUCUUCUGGGUUACAGUGCAAGAGAGUGGAGGGAAGAAACAAAGCAGGCCAAACACAUGAGAGAGGCAUACAAUGAAUUGUUUCGGAACUAUCAUAUCAAAUAUCUGCGACAGGUCAGGAAGGACAACUACUGUGUCCUAAGAGCAGUGCUUUUUCAGAUAUUCAGCCAAGGCAUUCCUUUUCCAUCGUGGAUGAGGGAGAGAGAUAUAUUAAAGCUUCCUGAAAAGCUUCUGUAUUCGCAAGGUUGCAACUGGAUUCAGCAAUACAGUUUUGGGCCAGAAAGUUAUACAGGCCCUAAUGCCUUUGGAAAAUUACGUAAAUGUAUGGAAACAUUAAAGACAAAUUGGGCUGAAAUAAGUGGUACUAAAGAUCACGAAGAAAGAGGAAACAUGUGUAGUGCACUCUUUUCUGAUGAGAGCAAGGAGCACAAGCUAUAUGAGGCUAUAAAAUUCAUCAUGCUCUUCGAAGUUGUUGAAGCCUAUGAGCAAAUGAAGAACAGGCAUGAACCCAUACCCCACCUUUUUAGCCUCCUCUUUGCUCGGGAUACUUCAUCCGAUCCUUUGAGUUUCAUGAUGAAUCAUCUGAAUGCCAUAGGUGACUCCCGUUGCCUAGACCAGGUUGAAAUGUUCCUUCUUGGAUAUUUGCUUGAAGUAAAGAUCAGAGUUUACAGACUGCAUAGAUUUAAUACUGAAGAAUUUCAAGUAAACUGUCCAGAUGAAUACCGAAGGGAAUGGAAUGAGAUUUCUCUCCUGACUGAGGAUGACCGCUACUAUCACAUCCCAGUUAUCAGAACGUGAAGCACAAAUGACUUUUCUUUUUUAACCUUUGUAUAAUGUAGUGAAUAACCAGUUCCAGUGAAUUAGGUUUCUAAUUGGCAGCAGGAUUGCAUGUUGAUGAUUACAAAAUGAUUUACGGGUUUAUUGUGUAAAAUGCUUCGCUUUCCCAUUACAGCUCAAUUUGUUGCCAGUCAGCCAGAAAUAGCAAAAUAUGUUGCUAUACUGUUUGGGGGCAAAAUGUCAUAUUUGAGGGUGUUGAAAAUGAAAGAUUAGACUGCGUGACAAAGAAGGGAAAAGUAAUGCUAGUUUUCCCACUGCUAGGCUAGUGGUUUACUCUGACAUAUCUGGAUGGGUUAAACUUAAGUUCCUAAAGCAAUUCCUGCCUUUCUCUGUCUCUGGUUAGGGUGGAUGAGCCAUGCAGGAAGCAACCCCUGGUGUCCCACAGUUGAUACUCUGGGACACUAAAGUUGCAAGGAUUUGAGGCUAUCUGGCAUGUGAGGAUGUAAACUGAGGUCACUGCACAGCUCUUUCAAUUCCCAUCCAGCUUCUCCUGUUGUUGCAGCGUGUCCCUCCAGAAACAGAGCAAGCAGCUGCAGACUGCAGUUACUUCAGACACUUGAAAUUAAGCUCAUCAAUGUUAGAUAUACUUUAUAACUGAGGAAAGUUUAGACCUGGAUGUUUGAAGUUGUCCCAGAUGGACUUCUAAAUGAGAUUUGCUUUAUUAUAUGGAACACUUUGCCUGGUUCUAUUUUCUAAAAGACUCGAUUGUGUUUAGAUUACUUCUAAAAUGAGGGUUCCUAACUUGAACAAAUGCUAAAAUGAUACAGCAGGUCUUGCAAGAUGGGUGUGUAAAGCAUACAAUCCCAUAGGCAUUGGUUAUGUUUUAGAAAGUGUGGUUUUAUUAAGAAACGAAGCCUUUCCUUGUUUUAUCCUAGAGGUACAGAGGUAGGCAGGUUUGGUUUUAACUCCCGUGGGAGAAAACGUAAGGAACAAAAGCAUGAGCUGGGCCUGCAGGAGCUAAAGCAGUUGCAUGUAGUAACUAAAUGAAAAUGUUGGAGAGCAUAAAGACUGCUCUCUUCCUUUGUGUAAAGGAAAACAAUUUUAUCCCUUUAGUCCUUUUAUUUUUAUGUGUAUGUAUAUAUAAUUUAUAAACACAAGCACCUGAGUGCUGUAUUAUAGCAAGUUUGUUUGUUGGCAGUUUUUGAGUUCAGUUUUGUUCAAUAAUCUGUAGCUUUUAAUUAAAAAGGCUUGAUACGUAUAAUAAUUUAAUCUUUUCAAAGCCUACAUGUUGAAUAUUUAUUAAAAAAAAAAAGAAACCCACAAACUUUAUUCACUGGAUGAAAUAAUUUGCCUUCUUUAGAUUUGGUUCUGUUCCAUGUAGGGAAGUGUUAUAAUGCCUCAGCGUUGGGUAUUGUCUAUUUUGCAUCAGUGGUGUAUGUAACACUUGCACUUGUCAAUAAAGUUGUUGAUAUUAUAUUCUUGUUUUGGUACAAGCAGACAUACCAAAAAAAUGGUAUAUCUUCAUAGAGAGCUUUUUAAUGGUUUGUGCAUUAUUUAUGAAUAGCAAUGCAAAAGCAUUACAGCUGGAAGUGUUACACUGAUAAAAUGUAUGUUUUUUGUAAUCUUGAGCAUACUAAUAGAAGGGAAUUAAUAAAGAUUAAUGAAUAAACGUGUUAUAACACAGUGGCAUUUCUCACUAAAAUCAGAUGUUUACAUCUGAUUUAGGUCACUGGCUCCCUGCCUGGUCAGUGAAGGGCAAUGGCAGAGGAGUUAAUGGAAUUAAUCUGAGGAGUUUCUACAAGGGUGUGGUUCUUCUCACUGACUGUAAAGAAGGAGAAACUUCAGGUGAGGAUAAUUGCAAGUUCUGCAGAUGAAUUCAGAGAGUGCUCUACACAGGAUCUUAAGCAACACUGAGACAGGUUUGGAGCUGUACUGAUUCUAAUUGGGUUUUCUGAUCAUACACUUUAGCUAUGUACAAAACAAAAAUAUAUUUGUGUAGAGGAAAAUGUAUAUACAUAUGUGUAAAAUAUACAUAUAUAGAAGGAAGAGACCCCAAAACAUCCUGAAUAAGCUGCAUCUGGUGCUGUGGAAAGAACAGGUGCUGCAGCAUCUUGUCAGAACAAUGUUUACAGACAAAGUUUGCUGCAGGAAUCUAGAAGCCUGGACACGCACUGGCAAGCUCUGCUCUGCUGAUGUCAGGUCAUCGCUCUUAUCUUUUUAACCUGUAAAUUUGUGACUACUGCCUUUCUGCUCUUGAACUGUGGAAGCCUGUCUUUUUAAGAUUACUAAUGUCUAAUUUUGUAAUUUGUAGAAAUAAGAAUUAAGUUUGGGUAUGAGAACCACUAAAGCAGCAUACAGGUGUUUCAGCUCCUUUGUAUAUAAUGUGCAUAGCUUUUGUUUUAUCUAAUUAUAAUUGGAAUAAAUGGAUUUGUGUUAUUGGUCCAAA